AGCUGCUCUUUGCCAAUGCGCACGCGCAGAUUCAGCGAAGCCCCCGGCGCAGGGACCACAACUCCCAGAGCGCUCCGCGCUCUUGUCGCCGCCGCAACCAAGAUGGCCGGGAGGGUGACCCUCCUCGCCCCCGCUCCAGGACUCACCGCCUUCCUCAAGGAUGUCUGGGCCAAGGAGCCGGUGCUGGUCGCGUCCUUCACCAUCGCGGGCCUCGCUGUAAUUCUGCCCACCAUCAGCCCCUUCACCAAAUAUGCCACCAUGAUCAACCAGGCCACGCCCUACAACUAUCCAGUGCCCCUCCGAGAUGAUGGGAACAUGCCUGACGUGCCCAGCCACCCCCAGGACCCUGAGGGUCCAAGCUUGGAGUGGCUGAAGAAACUGUGAGCACCUCCGGUGACAUGGAGGAGGCCCCCUCCCCUGUGGCCAAUAAAAUGUGAAAAGCGA